CAUAAUUGUUUACACCCUCCAUAAACCUUGUACCUCCUCCAACUCAAAGCUUCACUUCUCCAAUUAGAAAGUUUCCUCUCAUUUCCACAGCUUCUCUAAUGGCGCUGUUUGCCACCAGGCGCACUUUAGCUUCCACCAUUUACCGUGUACUCUCUUCGUCUUCGUCUUCAUCAUCACCAUCAUCAUCUCGAUUUCGAUUUUCUCUUCCCCUUUUCUUCAAUCCCCAGUAUUACCCAUCAGAGCAAUUUGUUUCGACCCGUCCCAAGUCAUCCGGGUCGGGUUACUCGCCCCUCAAUGAUCCUUCUCCCAACUGGAGUAACCGCCCCCCCAAGGAGACCAUACUUUUGGAUGGAUGUGACUAUGAACAUUGGCUAAUUGUUAUGGAGUUUCCUGACCCUAAGCCCUCUGAGGAAGAUAUGAUCAAUGCAUAUGUUAAAACCAUUGCUGCCGUUGUCGGAAGUGAGGAAGAAGCCAAAAAGAAGAUUUACUCUGUUUGUACGACCACAUACACUGGGUUUGGUGUUUUGAUUUCUGAAGAGCUUUCCUACAAAGUUAAAGAUCUACCUGGUGUUUUGUGGGUCUUGCCUGAUUCAUAUCUAGAUGUCCCAAACAAAGAUUAUGGAGGGGAUCAGUUCAUAGAUGGAAAAGUCAUCCAUAGGCCACAAUAUAGAUUUAAUCAAAACCAAAGUACUAGACCCAGGCCCCGACCUCGUUAUGACAGACGCAGAGAGACCAUGCAGGUUGAAAGAAGAGAACCAAUACAAAGAGGAGCAUGGGAACCCAAUCAGCAACAUCCUGCACAACCAGUGUCAAUCGAAGGCCAGAAUUUCUCACAUGGAACAGGAGGUCCGGCAGGAUCUCAGGGGAAUAAUAGUUGAAGCUCCUAUGCCAAUUGUCGUACAGUAAAGUCUGUACUAAAGGGAAUUAGGUUGGGUUAGAUACUAUUUGACUCGUAAUUAGUUCGUUUCAUGAGUUCUCAACUGAGUGAGAGGGCAUGUUUUUCAGAUGAUUGAAAUGUGAAUAUCUUUUCGUAUCUGAACACAUAAAGAGCAUCGUGCUAUAUACUAGGAGGUGAACGUUCUUGUCUAGUCUUUAGGAAAUGGUUUGCAUAUUUAAGUGUUGUAGAACAGUAAAUCAAAAGAGUCCCAAUUCAGAGAUGUUAAUUUGAAUGAUGUUUGCUGUUCGUUUUGUUUCUUUCAUUUGGUUAAAUCUCAUUAGAUGAGAAAAGCAUAUACAAGGGGUGGCAGAAAAGUCAGCUUCUUUUUUGCUCAUCUUACUUA